AGUCGGUCCAUGCCUGGCGUAAAGACAUAAAUAUAUCUGAAAUAAUUAAAUAAUUCGCCGUGCUGAGGAGAUCGUCAUCCGCAGUGUGUCUCUCCUUGCACCACCUAAAUGCUGCCGAGACAGAGACGAAGAUAGCUACAACAGGGGAAGAGAUUAAGGAGAGACGCGACCGGCAGACGGAAAAGACGGGGAUAUACCUAACCCAUCUUUGGGCAGUCGGUACUGCGGAGGAUUUUGUGUUGUUUUUAACGGUUAGUAAUAGCAUAACGGAGACCGGGGACUCGGUAUUGCAGCGGCCGCCCAGAAGAACCGCACAUGUCGACACGUUUGGGUUCUACAUCUCCAUCCCCGCCCUGUGCGGAUCCCCUUUCGGUCUGAAACGGCAGGGUCAGGCAGGUUACCGAAUAACGGAAUCGUUAACAGAAAACUGGAACCGUGAUGCGGCAUCGGCGAGGCACUCAGUUUGAAGAUUUUACCAUAUGAGCCUUUAACUAAGAAAUCUAUUAUUUAGUCUACUAAUCCUCGAUGAGGACCACAUAAACGACUGAUUUUAUGGAUUAAAGUUGUUGAGGUUUUCGAAAUGAUGCUCGUUACAGGCCUGCUUAAUCGGUCUGAUGUGUUUUAUGUAAGGAUCCAUAGGUUAUAGGCUAUAUCCAUGUCAGAAAUAUAUAAAUAAAUACCAAAUUUAGGCCGAUGACUAGGCUGAUGACGCCAAUACGGCAAAGCAGCCUUCACCGUAGUAGCCUAAAUAAUCCAUGUGCUUCUUAUCCAUCGAUAAAUACAUGGACACUUAUCAGUUAGAUCUAUGCGUUUGUGUUUGAGUAAAAUAUGUUUUGGUUAUUUUAAAAAGAUUGGAGCAACCGUUUGUUUAGUUUCAAAUAACCCCUCCGCUAUAUUGAGACGGUAAGCUGCAGGCAGACAGUCACUAGGUGCAAACGAUUUAAACAUCAAGCAACAGCAUCAGCAACAACACACACUACAUUUAAAAAAAUCUUCUAACCUUCUAUCCGGCGGUCUCUGGACUGCACCUCUACGCGACUAUUUCCCCCCUCCCUCUUCCCUUGUAAUCCUUCCCAUCCCUCUGUUCCAAGUUUAUCCAUUUUGUUUCGUUUUUUAAGGUAUUGCCUGUAUACGGGAUUAUAGUUAAGUGUUCGUCCUCCCUUGAUCAUAUCUUUAGACUACAUAUUUCCUUUAGUAAUAGCCUAUCUCAUCGGCCCACCUGGAUAUAGACAAACACAGUCUCUUGACUGACACACCGGGCUGCUCGCUAACACAACAACGCAGUGAUGGAGACCACCAAAUUGCCCCCGACCAGCCCAUCCUCCCCUACUACCGGUUUCUCGGUACCAUCGGCGGAGAAGGUGGAUGGAUUUCCCCGGCGUUCGAUGCGCAGAGCCCGACAGAGGCGCUCCCACUCUUCGUCCCAGUUUCGCUACCAGAGCUCCCAGGUCGAGCUGACGCCACUGCCGCUACUCAAAGAUGCCCCGGUGGCAGAGCUCCAUGACCUGUUCUGUAAGAAGUUGCAGCAGUGUUGCGUUCUUUUUGACUUCCUGGACUGUGUGGCCGACCUUAAGGGGAAAGAGAUCAAACGAGCUGCACUCAAUGAACUAGUGGAGUCCGUUGCUACAAGCAGAGGAGUUCUGAUAGAGCCACUCUACCCAGAGGCGAUUAAGAUGAUCUCAGUGAAUAUCUUCAGAACGUUACCCCCAAGUGAGAAUCCAGAGUUUGACCCCGAGGAGGAUGAACCCACUCUGGAGGCGUCCUGGCCGCAUCUACAGUUGGUAUAUGAGUUCUUUCUGCGUUUCCUGGAGAGCCCAGACUUUCAGCCCUCUAUGGCGAAACGUUAUGUUGACCAGAAAUUUGUUCUCCAGCUGUUGGAGUUGUUUGACAGUGAGGAUCCGAGGGAGAGAGAAUACCUAAAAACCAUCUUGCAUCGUGUAUAUGGCAAACUUCUGGGAUUGCGAGCGUACAUACGCAAACAGAUCAACAAUAUCUUUCUCAGAUUCAUCUAUGAGACUGAGCACUUCAAUGGUGUGGCAGAGCUGCUGGAGAUCCUGGGCAGUAUUAUAAAUGGCUUUGCUCUGCCCCUGAAGUCAGAACAUAAGCAGUUCCUGGUUCGAGUCCUGAUCCCUCUACACACAGCCAAGUCUCUGUCCAUCUUUCAUGCACAGCUGGCAUACUGUGUGGUCCAGUUCAUGGAGAAAGAUGCUACGGUCACUGAAUACAUCAUAAGAGGGCUGCUCAAGUACUGGCCCAAAACAUGCACCCAGAAGGAGGUGAUGUUCCUAGGUGAGAUAGAGGAGAUACUAGAUGUGAUCGAGCCGUCUCAGUUUAUUCGCGUUCAGGAGCCUCUCUUCAAACAGAUAUCUGCCUGCAUUUCCAGCCCACACUUCCAGGUAGCGGAGAGGGCUUUGUAUUUCUGGAACAAUGAGUACAUCCUGUCUCUGAUAGAGGAGAACUGUCAGGUGAUUCUACCACUGGUCUUCGCAACGCUCUACAGGGUGUCCAAGGAGCACUGGAACCAGACGAUAGUCUCACUGAUCUACAACGUUCUGAAAACUUUCAUGGAGAUGAACAGCAAGCUCUUUGAUGACCUCACUGCAUCGUACAAAGUGGAGAAGCAGAAGGAGAUGAAGAGGGAGCGUGAGCGCACUGAGCUGUGGCGGGGGCUUGAGGAACAACAGGAGCGACGGCUGCAGACCCUGGGGGAGGCCAGCCGCAAUCAGAAGAACCUCCAGGAGAGAGGGGAGUCUGCCCAGCCCUCCUCCCCACAGACGGCACUCCCUGAGCAUCCAGACCUUGAUCUCAGCGGAGCCCCUUCUACCACCUAGAACCAGACAGCGGAGUAUCAGUACCAGCAUAGAAAGAGGACACAGAGAGAUAGAUGGUAUAGACAUAGAAGCACAUACAUGCAGACAAAUACACACCCUCAAAAACAAACAUGCUUACACAAAGGAGCGGACCCACGCAUUUAAACACACAGUCCAAGAAUGUACACCUGAACAGUCACACACAAAUAUAUACUGUAUACACACAUGUGCAAACAUCUUUGUUAUAACAUCACCCCAGUCCUCUACACACUGACUGCAAGACUACACACACACACGCACACAUACACAAACACCCCUGCACACACAGUCUAUCACAAACAUCUUUAAUUUUCUCCCUCUCUGAGUCUAUCACACACACGCAAACACACACGUACGCACACACAUAUACACACACACACACACAGGCCCAUUGGUGCUGGUUCUAGCUGUUUAGGUUUUGAUGUGGAACCGAUUUCCUGGCUCUCUCCAACAAAGGACUUUUUACCGUCCCAAAAGAUGAAGAGGAAUGAUGAUGAUGAUGAAGUAAAUAAUAUUGUUCCUUCUUCUAUUCUUUACUCUACUUCUCCAACUUCUGAUGUUUUUAUGAAUAUUAUAGUGUUGGUGGGCGAAUCUUUAGUGUAGCACUUCAAAAGCUUUAGCAGAACUAGAGCACAGUCCAAAUCGCACCUUAAGCGCUACAGAACUAGUGCACUACCGGCACAAUGUAGUCCACUAUGGCCACGUUUACACGGGCAGCCAAGCUAUGAUAAUUUUUCCACUAACUGGAAUUUUACCAGUUACAUUCAAUCUAUUCUGAAAUAUCAGAAUUGGGCUGCCUAUGUUAACGCAGCCUACUGUAGCCCAAUUCACAUUUCUGAUCCACUCCGUCAACAGAAGUAUAUUUACUGUUUAACAGAUGCCCCAGCUCUUCCCAUAAAAAAAUUGAAAAGUAGUAGAAAUAAUUUCCUCAAAGCAUCAAGAGAUACAAAACUUUUAGACUUUUUUUUCAUGUGAAGAGGCAGGACUUCCUGUUAACCAUGAUUAGAUAAACUUUGUAUGGCCAAAUUGGUAUUUUGAUCAAUGAGAUCAAUCAAAAAUAAUCUGAUUUGGUAUGUCUGUAUGGUUCCUCUUUAUCCAUAUUGUAGAGCAUUACUACUGGCCUAAAGUAGUGCUUUAUAUAAGGGAUAGGGUCCCUUAUUUGCAUCUUAAGUGGCACCCUUUUCCCUGUGUAGUGCACUAUAUUUGACGAGAGCCCUAUGGUAGCCCUGGUCAAAAGUAGUUUACUUUUUAGAUAUUAGGGAGCCAUUAAAGCCAAACACGGUGUAUGAUUUGGGCUGACCCCUAAGCUGCUAUACUAAAAUAAUGUUCUGAUGUGUCAUUAUUCUUGUCAGUUCAUAUUUGAAGGUGGGAGAGGAGAGUCAGAAAACCACAUUCUUUUAGCAAUAUUCUCAUUUGUUUCAAAUAAUGUGUGUAGAGGGGUAUAGACCGGGUGUCUUUGUGUCUGAAAUGGCACCUUGCUUCCUACAUAGUGCUUUUAUUGAAAAGAAAAGAAAAAAAGGGCACUAUGGGAAUAAGGUGACGUUUGGGGUGCAGGCUCAGUGUACCACUUUGAAUUUUGUCCUUAAUAUCACACUGUCUUACUGUACUGCUGUGAAUUAUUAUUAUGAUUCAUUGAUUUGAUGAAAUGACUUUGAAUUUGUUUACAUAUUUCUGGUUACAUUUUUGUAUGUCCAUUUUGUUGAUAUCUGAUAUUAGAACAUUUAUUUUUUAUUUAAUCUCUGGAAUCAUUGCAAAGGUCUUAAGAUGAGAAUUUGGGUGUAUGUUUGUGUGUCUGUAUGGAAGUGAGAUGGAGAGGUGGUGGAAGUUUUUGUGUAUGCGUGGCAUGUGUGUGAGUGUGUGCGUGUGUGCGUGUGUGUGUGUGUCAGUUACAAGUAAAACAGUGAGGAGAUGUGUGUAGACAGAGUUAUAGAUGGAGAGAGGUGGCAUUGAUCUCUCUUUCCUCUCUCUCUUCCUUUCAUUUCGUUGGAACAGGGUUUGAAUCAGAAUGUAACACUUUUGAUUGAUUGUUAAUCUGGAGGUUCUGCUGGCAUCUUGUUACCAAGACAACCAAACCAGCACUCUUAUAACUGUUUUUUAAUUUUCAACAAAACAAAAAUGGAACAAGUAGGGGAAAAACUCACUAUGUUUAAAAUUCACUUUAUGAUGUUUGCUUAACCAUAAUUGCCCCCUGUGUCAGUCAGUAUGAGAACUUUCCUUUUAAAUAUUCCGUUCUAGAUCUAAAAUAAUAAUUCCAGGAAUUCCAGAAUUUGGGAAUUCAGGACAUUUUGGAAUUAGAACUCGAUUUAUCAGAGGAGAGAAGAGGCUCCCUUAAGUCACUUAGUAGAACUAUAGAACGGCAAUAAUUAUGGAAUAAUGGAUUGAAUAUGUAUGCAUACGUAGCAUCACUAAACUAGAAUUGCACUGUCCUCCUGGUCUGGUCUGUAGGCUAUCCAUACUCAGAAACAUAGAAACGAUUGAUGAUGACAAUGUAUUUUUUUUCCAGGGACCAAAAGCUGGGGAGAUGAAUGUAUAGUCAAGUUCAACUAGGGUUGUAGAAAGGAAAUGCUGAUGUGCUAAAUUAACUUCACUUUGAGAAAACAAUG